AAGAUAUAAACAUAAAACAAAGUUCAACUAUAUCAUAUAAAUUUGGAGGAGGAGACAAGAAAGAGUAUUAAGAGUGUUUUUUUUUUACUAAAAAAACAAGAGUGAGUGUUUAGCUGUUGAAUACAGACAGAGAAAUGGGUGCUUCACAAUCAGUCAUAGAAAAUUCUAUUCAUGAAUUCACAGUCAAGGAUGCAAGGGGAAAAGAUGUGAACCUGAGCGACUACAGGGGAAAAGUUCUUCUUGUUGUUAAUGUUGCUUCAAAAUGUGGCUUUGCUGAUGCCAAUUAUUCUCAGUUAACUCAGCUUUACACCACAUACAAGGAGAUAGGUCUUGAAAUAUUGGCAUUUCCAUGCAACCAAUUUUUGAGGAAAGAGCCAGGAAGUAGUCAAGAUGCACUAGAGUUUGCAUGUAAAAAAUAUAAGGCUGAAUAUCCCAUUUUUGGGAAGGUACGUGUGAAUGGAGAAGAUACAGCACCUGUGUAUAAAUACCUGAAAGCACAAAAAUGUGGAAGUUUGGGAUCAAGAAGAAUAAAAUGGAAUUUCACAAAGUUUUUAGUGGAUGAGGAAGGCCAUGUCAUCCAGCGUUAUAGUCCAACCACCCCACCCUUAGCCAUACAAAAUGAUAUCAAGAAGGCAUUGAGAGUGGCUUAAUUGAGAGUACCAUCGGUCGUGUGAAGAUAUAUCUUAUUAACUGUUUGUUGAUUGCAUAUAUUCACGUCUAAAUUUAAUAUUGUUUUGUUGUAUCAAUAUUUUUUAUAUGUUCAAGUGCAUUCAAUUUGUUUUUUCUCCACUAAACAUCAUCAUGGUCAUGCUUGGUUGGUGUAGUGGAAUCAUUUAUGAGUUGAUUAAGGUGAUCAUAAAUAAAAUGUUUCAUUUUCA